AUCUGCACAGGCCACGCGAGGAAGAAAACAACGAGCAACCUGUCCUACCUACCAACCAGACAGCCUUGCUUCCAUUGGGGACAAAAUACUAGCCUCCAUCCACAGGUAGGAUCCAGUGGCAGGGCCCGACGACUCCCAGACACUCCGCCAAUCAAUCCUCCGCGGAUGGCCGCCGAGACGACUGCCCCGCCGCCACCGUCGUCUCUCCCUUCUCCGGCAGCCGCCGCCGCCACGCCUCGUCAUCCGAGACUGUCGGGGUUCGAGCACCUGGACGCGCGCGUCAAGGAGCUGACCUCGUCGCAGUCGGAGUUGCUGGAGAGGAUCCAGAAGCUGAAACAGGAGGUGCACAAAUGGCGCUCCAACGUAGAGACUCAGGUCAACACAUGCCAGAAUGAACUCCAUGGUCUGAAGAAGGGACUUGACUCUGAAGUGGAGCAGCUGAAAUCGGAAAUGGAGGAGAUUAGGUCUGCAAUCCAGGAAGAGAAGGGCAAUCUACCUGCGCAAAUCACACAUUCGGAGAUGAGCAAUAACGACACAGAACAAGCCCGGCAGACUCAAGACCAAGCAUCGAAGGUUGAUACUGAUGCUAGUAUGGAAGAACAAACAGCAACAGAACCAUGAAUCAGCGCUUCCUUCCAGAGGUGAAGUUUGUGUUACUGGACAUUCACCUCCUUUCGAUGGAUCAAAAAGGAAAAAAGGUGGCAAAUACACUAGAUCACAUGGAGUAUUCUUGUUAUCUUUGAAUCCAUAUCAUCAGCUGCAAAUAUCUCUAUACCUGUACCAGGAAAUUCAACAUUUCAGAGUUGUAAAGAGCUUCAUUACAUGUACAAGAAUUGCUUCUUUUGUAACAAUUCCAUGUAUACAAGUUCAAUUUUCAAAUGAAGUAUGCACAAUAACCUCUGGUUCUACACA